GCCUUUCUGUGCAAAGUCGAUAGCCGUACCAAUCUAAACGGUCUUCGAUUUGGAUCCUGCACCGUCAUCUGGUGCAGUGUGAACGAUGACUGUGAAGUUGUCCAUGGCAGGGUUUCGAAGCUCGUUGCCUUUUUCGGCGCUUAUACGACAAGUUGAACAAGAAAUGGAAACUGUUAUUAAGGUGCUGCAGCCUGGACCCUUGGGAAUCAUAGAGCACAAGUUUUCUGCUGACGAAAUUCGCAAGGCUAAUUCCACCGUUUCAAAAGCAGUGAUCAAUUGGCGAAGGAAUGCAAUCCUCGAAGACAAUAAUCACGUUUUGAAAAAUUACAUUCACAAGUGAAGUAAAUUUAAUUCCCUUGGUUGCUAUUUUUGUUCAGAUAUGUGAUCUUUGUUGAGAUCUUUGAUGAUGUAAAUGCUGGUUACUUGGUUAUAAAUCUGUACGAAAUUAUUUAAUAAUAUCUGAACUUUGGUAUGAU